AUGUGUGACGUCCCUUUCAUUCCAUUCUUCCCUAUCUGCUUCCAAUGCGGGACCGAUCAGAAUCCGUGUCAUUGUAAAGUUGUCGGGCCGACUCUCGGUGAUUUGCUGGCCUGCUUCAAUUUUCUGUGGCUGUGGAUGCACGCAGACUGGGAGAGAGUAUGCCUCUAUUGGUGUCUGAGAUAUGGUUUGUUUUGGGAUACCCGGUCAAACUCAAUGGGCAAGUUAGUAAUGCUAUACCGUUCUGAUGCUCAUCGGACUUAUGAGAGCUAA